ACUAGUGUCUGCUUGAAAAGUGACUUUGCGGGACACUGGCGUUCGCGAGUAUGACCAAGUUGACAGAAUGGAUCAUCUUUGCUGCACUAGCUUUCUCGCUCUGGAUUACCCUGUUAUCAGACAUUCUACCUCUUAAAGUAUCUUACAAAGCCAAGGAAGUGAUAUGGCCGAUACCAGUCUAUGCUCUAAUUGUAUUUGGGUGUUAUUCUUUGGCAACUAUUGGUUAUCGAGUAGCAACUUUCAAUGAUUGUGUAGAAGCCUCUGAAUCUUUAAAACAGGAGAUAAAUGAUGCGAGAGAGGACUUGUCAAAAAGAGGAUUCAAGUUUGACUGAAGAGAUCAGCAGAAAGAGAAAGAAUAUUCUUACAAUUAGCUAGAAAUUUAUUGGGAUUUCAACUUCUGGAAACAAUAAUAUGAAACUUAACAAAGCAACACUGGUCUUGUGUGGUCUGUACUCUUAUCAACAAUGAAAAUUCAUUAUCACAGUGGUCAAGAUGUUGUGCGAGUCCACGACACAUUUGUCCACUGUAAUGACAAAUAGCAUUGUCAAUUAAGAGUACAGACCACUCCAGACCACUUUCCCUUUUUUUUACCACAAAAUUGGUGUGAAAUAAAAUGAUUCUUUCAGUGCCUGACCAUUGCUAGGCACAUAGGCGUGAACAGCAUUGUCUGUGCCCUUAUCGAUGAUGGCAAAUUGGCUACUCAGACUGCAACAUUACUGAGAAUUGUGGUAAAAAUAAUAUGACUUUUCCCUUCUUAAACUUUUAAACCUUUACUACUUCAAGGUAUGUUUUCUCCAUAUUGCCUCCUACACUUUCCCAUGUUGCUGACAAAGAGAAUUUGUCUAACAUUCAAGAGCUUCUUUAGUUGGUGAUCAUUUCCUUUUUUCUCCUGACCUUAACAUAUGAUUCAUACUGUAGGUGAUUUUCUAAGGAGAAUAGUUCAUUUUACAGUUGUGUGCUUGGUUGCCAAGCCUUUGAAUGGGAGUGAAGCUAGGGGUGACCUUUUUUUAUGAUUU